UAAUGUUUUAAAGUGAGGCUGCCCGUCUGCAGGCGAGGCUGUAGCAACAGAAGGCAACGGCUCCGUCAAUUUACUUUCUUUACUAUUUCCACCGAUAGUCGGGAAGGAUAACAUGAAGACUAUCCUGGCGAGUCAGACGGUUACCAUUCCAGAUGGAGUGUCCAUCAAAAUGAAUGGAAGAUCCAUCACAGUCAAGGGACCUAGAGGUACACUGCAUAAAAGUUUCAGCCACUUAAACUUAGAGCUUACACGUGUUAACAAAAAAACCAUACGGGUUGAUGUUUGGUUUGCUCUGCGUAAACAUCUUGCUUGCUUGAGAACAAUUUGCAGUCAUAUUGAAAAUUUGAUUAAAGGAGUACAAUAUGGUUUUCUAUACAAAAUGAGAUCUGUGUAUGCUCAUUUCCCAAUCAAUUUAAACAUAAUUGACGACGGAAAAACUGUGGAGGUUCGAAAUUAUCUUGGUGAAAAAUACAUCCGUGUUGUAAAAAUGAGGGAUGGCGUAAUUUGCAAACCAUCUGGAAAUAAAGAUGAAAUUAUUGUUGAAGGAAACGACAUUGAAUUAGUCUCGAAUUCAGCUGCGCUCAUCAAUCAGUGUGCUAAAGCGAAGAACAAGGACAUCCGUAAAUUUUUGGAUGGUAUAUAUGUUUCAGAAAAGACUACCAUUGUAGCAAUUGAGGAUUAAGAAAUACACGCCUGAAAUUACAAA